AUGCUCCGUCGAGCCUGUGCAUUUCGAGGCGGCAACGCACUACUUGUGUUCUGCAUCGCUCGGUGCUUGAGCACAAAAUUGGUUCCCGCACGGGCGGCAACAGCGCAAAACAGCGCACAAAAGACCCUUCCGCCACCUGUAGUUGAAUCAUCCCUCGUUUUGCGGAGACGAGUGCGCUCCUUGCGGUUUGUGGCAGGAGAUAAACAACAGAAGCAACAUCUGAGGAAAGCGGUCGCUUCCGGAAAGAAGACACAGACAACCGUAAGGAAUAAGCAUGAGGCACUGAAGAGGGGAGCUAGCAGGCGGUCUCAGAAGCAGCCGGCGGCGUCCCGCAGGGUGUCUGCGGUGACUGCCUCGCUGCGAUCCAAAGUGACGGACCUCCAGACAUGGAAGGAUGUACGAAAGGGGCGUCCACACGCACAUGCUGUUCAGAAGAAGAAGUACAACAAACGAGUGGCGGCCAUUGCCAAGCUUUGGAGAAUGCAGAAGAAAAAGACACCAAAGGGCACUACUGCGGUGCCUUCCAAGAAAUAG